CUCACCUGCGGCCUGACCCGGUGUGUGGACGAUAAUGGCUUGGGUGCAGCGAUGCCUUCUACUGGCGGGGGUGGCAGUGUGUUGGCACAGCACGGUGCUGGUGGUGAGCCUUCCAACUUCGGAUGAAGGAGCAUUGUUAGAAGCAAACAGAUUGGUAAAGCGCUCACUUUCUCCUGCCAUUCAAGAACUCAACGUGGGACAACGUCUGGUUCACGUGGUGUCAUCAGGAUUUUCCACCCUCACAAAGGCCAUUCAUUCUCUCAUGGAUUCAGUUGAUGAUCUGGCAGCUGUGGUCAAAAACAACCCGGGAUCGAUAGCACAGUUGAGAGCGUGUAACAUUAGUGUAGAGUUUCAAUGUGAGAGCGGCGAGUGCAUUAAACAAGACUCCCUGUGCAACGGACGACCAGAUUGUCGAGACGCGUCGGAUGAGAAAAACUGCGGAAACUCGUGUGCUAACAAGACUCACUUCAGUUGUGACGAUGACCAAUGCCUUCCCCGCCUGGCGCUUUGUGACGUCUUCCAGGACUGUGACGAUGGCUUUGAUGAGAGCUCGGAGGCUGGCUGUAACGGGAAGGCAAAGUGUCGAGAGGACGAAUUCAAGUGCGUGACGUCAGGAAGAUGCAUCGCCGACGCCUUCAGAUGUGAUCAAGACACAGAUUGCAAGGAUGGGAGUGAUGAGCGCAAUUGCACACAGGCAAAGUGUCGAGAGGACGAAUUCAAGUGCGUGACGUCAGGAAGAUGCAUCGCCGACGCCUUCAGAUGUGAUCAAGACACAGAUUGCAAGGAUGGGAGUGAUGAGCGCAAUUGCACACAGGUGAGGUUGAGCGAUGGACAGGUAGAGGAGAGAGAGGCAGAUAAAGAAAGAAAGACAGACAGAAGACAGAAUUUAUCGGGGGGGAAAAAAAAAACAUUCAACAAACAGCAAAGUCUAACAGCAAAGCAUCUCCGGCAGGAUUUGUGUGUCUCUGGAGACUUCGUAUGUGAUUCCAACGACGAGUGUUAUAGUGCGUGGUGGCGAUGUGAUGGUGAUUAUGAUUGUGAUGAUAAGAGUGAUGAAGCAAAUUGCGAGAAGUUUACCUGCGGCGAAAAUGAAUUCAAGUGCGCCUCGUCAGCCAAGUGUGUGUCCUCCUCCGCGCGCUGUGACGGCCAUGAUGACUGCGGUAACGGAAGCGACGAGACAAAUUGUGAAGCGUUUGAGUGUCCUGUGGGAGAGGUUAAGUGUGAGACGGUCAAUCAGUGUUACGAAGCCAGCUGGAAGUGUGACGGAGACAAAGACUGCGAAGAUGGCAGUGACGAAGCAGGCUGUAAGGUCAAGUGUGAAGAUGGAAUGUUUCAGUGUGACGAUGGCGAGUGCAUUCGGGCCUCAUGGCGAUGUGACGGCCAGAGGGACUGUUCCGAUGGCAGUGACGAGGUGGCUUGUGAGGUCACAUGCACGGACGAACAAUUUCGGUGUCUUACUAAUAUCACUUGCAUCUGGCGGUCCUGGGUAUGUGACGGAGACAAGGACUGCACAGAUGCCAGUGAUGAAGAGGCUGUAAGACGUGUAACUCACACUUCUUGCCAACAGGUCAAGUGUGAAGAUGGAAUGUUUCAGUGUGACGAUGGCGAGUGCAUUCGGGCCUCAUGGCGAUGUGACGGCCAGAGGGACUGUUCCGAUGGCAGUGACGAGGUGGCUUGUGAGGUCACAUGCACGGACGAACAAUUUCGGUGUCUUACUAACAUCACUUGCAUCUGGCGGUCCUGGGUAUGUGACGGAGACAAGGACUGCACAGAUGCCAGUGAUGAAGAGGGCUGUGACAAAGGAAAGCCUGGAUGUGGCACGGGACAGUUAACAUGCAGGAACGGCCGUUGCGUCAAUUCCAAUUUGGGAUGUGACGGGAACGACGACUGCGGUGACGGGAGUGACGAGGAGAAAUGCCCGGAGCCUGGAUGCGCAGAGGGCGAAUUCACGUGUUCGAACGGCAAGUGUAUCAAAGCCACGGCCAAAUGCAACGGUGCGGACGAGUGCGGGGACAGGAGCGACGAGGAAGACUGUCAAACUAGCGAGGAAAAUAGCUGCUCCAAAAACCAGUUCCGUUGCGUGACCAAUGGCAUCUGCAUCCCUGCAACCUGGCGCUGUGAUGACGAGGAUGACUGUUCAGACAGCAGCGACGAGAUCGGAUGUGGAAAGGUCAGCUGCCUAAGGAACUACUUCAUGUGUUCUUCGGGAACUGAGUGCGUGCCUGGCUUCUUCCGCUGUGACAAGGAGGAUGACUGUGGUGACGGGAGUGAUGAGUUGGGUUGUGAUGAGAAAGUGUGUUCCAAUACCGAGUUUUCCUGUCGCUCCAACAACGACUGCGUCCCCGAGACUUUUCUUUGUGACGGUGACAACGACUGCUCGGACGGAAGCGACGAAGAAAACUGCCCGGAAAAAGGAGAAUGCACAAGAGGAGAAUUUACAUGUGACGACAAGACAUGCAUUUCCUCGAAUUGGCGAUGCGAUGGAGACGAAGACUGCUUGAACGGUGAGGACGAGGCUGGCUGCGCAGAGAUAACGUGCAACUCAGAGCAGUUCCGCUGUGCGUCCGGCGAGUGCAUCCCGAAGAUCUUCGCUUGUGACGGAGCCGAAGACUGCUUCGACAUGUCGGACGAACAAAACUGUACACGGGAGCUGAAAUGCGGCGAAGACGCGUUCCCUUGCGGCACGCUCUGUCUACCGCGGACUAGGAUCUGCGAUGGCACUGCAGAUUGCAAGGACGGCAUUGACGAGAUUAAUUGUGCAACAGAGACUGAAGCCCCGACGACGGAGCCAGUGACGACGAUGGAAACGACGCCGUUCACGACAGAAAUGAUUCAGGUGGAAUGCAUCGAAAACCAGUUCAAAUGUGCGAAGGAGAACCUGUGCAUUCUCGCUUCCUGGCGCUGUGACGGAGACGAGGACUGUGCUGACGGGAGCGACGAGGCAGGCUGUCCGGUUGUGUGCGAAGAAGACGAAUUCAUGUGCGCCUCAGGAGACAUGUGCGUCUUCAAGUCUUGGCAGUGUGAUAAGGAGCCAGACUGCAGAGACCACAGUGACGAGGCUGACUGUGAAGAGGUAAGAAAAGUGUGAAAAAAAGGUGCGUCGGAGGCAACACCAUGAAUGACCCUUCGUUGAUGGUGAUGAUGGUGAUGAUAAUGCAAGUUGGUGGUGAAUGGUGGUGAUGAAGAUGAAGAUUACAGUUUGUUGCCAAUGGUGAUAGUGAGGAUAAGGGAAGAGCUUUCUGUAAUUCUGCAAGUUAUUUUGUAUCUUGACUUUCGAAUGGUAGAAGGAGUUUCUGUAAAUUAUUCGCAGUACAAAGCAACAAAAAAAUGGGGUACCCUGCAAACCAAAUGUUAUUAUUAUCUGCUAUGUAAUUUUCAAAAUAAAAAUCUAAAGUUAA